CAAUACAAACAAGCCCGCUUUUCAAAAGUUCCAUUUUGGGGAAAGAAACGCCCGGACGGAGAAGAUGUUUAUUCCACUGUUCUUGCUUUUACUCUCUGUAAAGGGAAUAAGCAGCAGUGUCAGUCUGCAGCUGUCUGGGAAACCACUUGACGUUGUUGGAGGUCGUAAGCAGGAGGUGAUGGAGGCCACCCGGAAGCUGAUCGCGGCCAUUAUGGACGGAGACUAUUACACAUACAAGAAUAUGACCGUUCCAGGCCUGACGUCCUUUGAACCAGAAGCUUUAGGCCACCGCGUGGAGGGAAUGGACUUCCAUCGCUUCAUCUUUGACUACGCCAGCAAUAUGUUAGGUUUUACCCACACCACCCUUCUCAGCCCCCAUGUCCACCUGCUGGGCGACCACGCCGCCUGCGUCUCCUACAUCCGUCUCACGCAGUACGCCAACCAGCCCCCGGGCAGUGUUCGCACCACCGCAUCCGAGGAGACUCGAGUCUGGCAUCAUCGUGACGGACGGUGGCGCAAUGUUCACUUUCAUCGAUCCGGCUCACCCACAUUUCCCACAACUAAAGAUCUCUAGGAUUUUAUACUCAAUAUCGGUAUUUGUCGGUACUCUUAUCGGUAAUUGGUGACAAUAAAGACAGAGAAGAUUUUGUGUUUUCUUUAA